AUGAGGUUAAGCCUUCCAGUAAGCAGUGAGGUGGAGGGGUUCGUUCCACGCUGCAGGCCCGCAGCUUGGGCGCAGCUGCUGCAGGUGUACAAGAUCCGGCCGGCGCUCAACUCGUCCCUGGUGGUGGUACCCCUGGGCCGCUGGGACCGCGCCAACGGCACCGCGGCGCUCUCCAGCCCCAGGGCUCUAGAGGCCAGGGGAGAUCUGCAGGAGGCGGUGGGCGGCGCGGGCGGCGUCAAGGACCUCAAGACGGCCAGCGUCGACGACGACUCGGACGACGCCCGCAAUCUCAUCGAUGUCAUGGAGUUUGUCGCGCGCUCCCUCAACGCCAGCUACGAGCUGGUGGCGUUCCCGAUGCUGGGCUGGCGCAACAGCGAGGGCGCCUGGCUGCACCUGCUGGGGGCUGUGACGCGGGGCGCCGUCGACGUCGGGCUCGACAACGUCGUCAUCACCAAGGAGCGCGCGCGCGACAUGUUCUUCUCCUUCCCGCUCGUCGAGUCCAUGAAGAACAUCUACUUCCGGCGGCCGGAGGGCGGCGCGCUGCGCGACAUCUUCCUGGCGCCAUUCAGCCCGCGGCUGCUGGCGUGCGUGGCCGCCACUGGCACGCUACUGGCGCUAGCAGCCGCUGCCGCCACCGCCGCCGGCGUGGGGGCCGGCCUCGCGGACCGCCGCUGGGGCGCGGGGGAGGCUUUCGUCUGGAGCAUCAGCGUCCUCUGCAUGCAGGGCAGCACGUGGAACCCGCGGACGGCGUCCGGCAGCCUGGUGCUCAUGUUCGGGCUGGUGUUCGCGCUGGUCAUGUACAACGCGUACGCCGCCUUCAUCACGUCCGUGCUGUCCGUCAGGGUGGCCUCCAUACGCGGCCUCGACGACCUGCUGCAGAGCGACUUCCAGUUCGGCUACACGCUGGCCGGACAGGGCGAGAUGUUCCUCAGGACGGCGAACGACUCGCACCUGCGGCGGCUGUACCUGCGCGGGCUGGUGGGCAACACGGGCGUGCACGACGCGUCGGAGGGCCUGCGGCGCGCCGUGCGCGGCGGCUACGCCUUCUUCGUGAGCUCGCGGCUGGCGCGGCGCGCGCUCGCCUUCACCGUGGAGCUGCAGCGCCGCUGCGACGUGCGGGAGCUGCCCGUCGAGGCCACCCGCUCCUCCGUCGCGCUGCCCGUCAGCCGCACCUCGCCCUUCCGCCGCCUGCUCAACCUCAGCCUGCUGCGCAUGCGCGAGGCAGGCGCGCUGGCGCGUGCGCGCGAGGCUCUGCUACCGCCGCUGCCGCGCUGCCACGACGAGUCGGCCUUCAACUCGGCGCGACUGGCCGACGUCUACUCGGCCUUCCUGCUGCUCGGCUCGGGACUGAUGGGCGCCGCGGCGCUCACCGUCGCGGAGUUCGUCUGGAAGCGGCGCCGCCUCCUGCGCAGGCUGCGGCACACCCUCUGCGGCGACGCCGAUGGCGACGCUGCGGAAAUGUUGCGUCCCGUGGCGCCCGCGGCCGGCGCCCUCCCCAUGGGGAGCAGGUGUCCGGCCAUGGCGCUGCCCCGCCCUUCCGUGCAGUGGCUCGGUUAA